AUGAGCUCGGAGGAUGUUUCGUGCCACGGCGAAGGAAUGGGUUUCAUUCACACGGAAGAUACGAUCGACGGAAUGGAGAAUUUCUUAGUUUAUAGGAUAACUCCGGUAGAUCGGGUGGAAAAGGAGGAAGGGCAGGUGGAGGGUGGUCAGGUGCAGUCUUCCGGUGGUGCUUCUGGUUCGAGGAUAGGUCCCGGACCUGAUUCCGGCAGUAGCGCUCCCUCUUCGGUUCCCCAAUCGCUGGUUACCUCGAGGGACGACGAGGACGACGAGGACGAGGAGAACAGUGAUAAGCGAUCUAAUAGCCACGGAGAAUUGAGAACAAAAAGCAGUCAGCGUUGGAUGAAACUGCGCACGACUGUGCAAGUAUCAUCAGCGAUGCCUAGGAAGCCUGUGUUAAAACGUGAAGAUUCAUUUCUCAAAAGAUUUUCUAGCCGGCCGAUUCCAGAAAGUCAAGAGACACUGGACAUUGCCGAGGGUGACGGGGAUGAAACAAAUGAUAAGGAUAUGGGUAGUCGACGAGGCAGGCGACCUCGUAGGCUGCAAAAACCACCGAAAACCGUCGUAAAUCCCGACGAGAAUUUCUAUUAUUACUGGUUGAUGUUGGUGUCAUUCUGCGUCCUUUACAAUCUAUGGACGCUAAUCGUACGCCAGAGUCUGCCGGAGCUGCAGGCUCUGGCGCCCAAUAUUUGGUUCGCCCUCGAUUGUUUUACCGAUAUUAUUUUUGUUAUGGAUAUAUUAGUACAAUUUCGUACCGGUUAUUUAGAACAAGGAUUAAUCGUGUGUAGCACUAAGAAACUUGCUGCGCACUAUUUUAAAUCGAAAUUUUUUUUCUUGGAUUUAUUCGCAUUGUUUCCUCUUGAUUUGAUGCAAAUGAUUCUCGGCACAAAUCCUAUUUUACGAGUUAUGAGAUUUAUUAAGAUAUAUAGAGUUCAUACUUUCUACUAUAUGGUCGAAGCCCGUACUAUAUAUCCCAACGUUUGGCGAGUCUCGAACCUGGUGCACAUCUUACUCAUGUUGGCCCAUUGGUUUGGGAAUUUUUACUUUUUGUUAAGUGAAGCUGAAGACUUUAAGGGAGAAUGGGCGUAUCCCUACAGACCGGGGGAGUACGCCACUCUCACGAGAAAGUACUUAGGGUCGGUGUAUUGGUCGACACUUACGUUAACAACUAUAGGCGACUUACCGACGCCUGAGACAAAUGCCGAGUAA